UAUGUGAAGCUUUAUCGUUCAUUUGUCAUUACAACCACUGCAGAAAGCGGGGAGAGAAGACGUCUGACAGACAAUGCAGUUUGAGGAGGACACUAGGAGCGGUAAAUGUACUUGUCUAAGCGCACAAGGCGUCAACAAGCUUUUGCUAAUAGUGGCAGUGUGUUUAGCAGCGACUACAAUUAUUGUCAUUGCAGUUUUGAUAUGGAAAGAAUUCAGUGAGGAUAAACGUAUAACCAGUGCUACACUGAAAAAGUCCUAUCCCGGAUAUUUCCGGACUGAGGAAGAACAAUUGGAAUUUGAGCGAAAAUCGAGUAUAUAUCAUAUAGUCAAAGAAAACGUCACGAGUCCCUGGAGUUGCGGAGUAAAUUGCUUUCUGAAGAACAAAACAGUUAGUACUUCGCCGCGGACGCGGAGAUCGGCCUUAGAUACCACGUUCAAUGGCUGCUGUCAGUCGAAUACAUUCUUCAUCAGUCCGAAUUUUAAGGACAAUUUAUUCGGUGCUACUCGUGAGCUUGUUUCACUAGACGAGGCACGUCAGUUCUUCCAGACCGGAAGUUGUCAGUUUGCGAUCGGGUGUACUGGGUGUACAUGUAUGAUGUCCAAGGAGAUUGAUACUGCAGUGGUGUACAAAACUGGAGAGACAGCUGACACAGCGGAAAGCAUAGACGACACUGAAAUUGACACGUUCUACUUCGAAAAAUGUUGUAAAUGUGUGAAUAUUGGGCAAUAG